AAGACACCUGUUCUUUCCCUGGUGAGAUGAGAAGAUCAGAUGAAUCCCGUUCACACAAACCAGAAGAUGACGUGGUUCCCCACCAACCUCCAGAAAGCUGCUGGGAUGGACACGUCUAACAGGAAAGUCCUCGUUCUAGUCUUGGUGCUGCUGCUGUCUCAACUGACCUGUGAUGCUCACAGCAUUUCUGAGUGCUGCAGACAACCAUCUCGCUCCUGUCGCCUCUAUGUGUUGCUGUGCCGCUCUGGCAGUAAGGCCUUGGGGGGACCUCUCACAGGAGAUGCUGCCGCCGGCAUCCUCACUCUGGGCAAACGGACAGAGGAGGAGCAUCGCUUGCACAGCCGACUCCAUCAGCUCCUUCAAGGCUCCAGGAACCAAGCAGCGGGGAUCCUGACAAUGGGGAAGAGGACUGAGGAGAGGGCUGGAGAGCAGUACAUGGACUGGAUGGCUCAGUCAGGAACUACCAUCACAACAUCCCUUCCUGUUUGA